GCCACUUCUAAUCUCUUGUUCCUUCAACGUUUGGAGUUUUUAUUUUGUUACAAGUCUUUGCGGGAGAUGAUGAAGGAGGUGAAGGAGGCUUUUCGAUUUGUAUGGUCAUGUAAUAUGUGGACGAUGUGUAUUUGGAGUAUCGCUCUCGUUUCUUCCUACUUGCAAUUGCUUAGAGCAAGGAUCUUUGACUCAAAGUCAACUCCCACUUUUGGCUCCACUGAUCUAAAGAAUGGAUCUUCGAGACCCAUUUGUGUUAUCACUGGUGCUACUUCGGGGCUUGGUAAGGCCACUGCAUUUGCUCUUGCGGAGAAAGGUUUCCACCUCGUUCUUGUUGGACGGUCCUCUCAACUUCUUUCAGAGACCUUGAAGGAAAUCAAGAGCAAGCACAAAGAUUCCCAACUCAAAACUUUUGAAGUCGACAUGUCUUGUUUUGAAUCAAUCUUCAAGUUUAAAAACUCUCUAGAGCAAUGGCUCUCGGACGCAGAGUUACAUCCUUCGAUUCAGCUUUUGGUGAACAAUGCUGGGAUUAUGGCAACUUCACGUCGGCCAACCAUUGAAGGUUAUGACAGGAUGAUUGCUACAAACUAUAUUGGCCCAUUCUGUUUGACCAAACUUCUUUUGCCACUCCUGAAAAACAGCUCUGUGCCUUCACGUGUCGUGAACGUUACAUCUUUCACACAUCGUUAUGCUUCUCUUCGGAAGUUUGACAAGGGUUCUGUAACUGGAGUACAGUAUUCGACAUUAAACGAAUAUCCUUGUGGUGAGGCCUACGAGUAUUCCAAAUUAUGUCUUCUUCUUUUCUCGUAUGAACUUCACAGACAGCUUCGCUUCACAGACGAUUCACACCAUGUCUCUGUUAUCGCUGCAGAUCCCGGAUUUGCGAAAACGAAUAUAAUGCACGAGUUUCCUUCAUACGUAACUUCCAUAACGUUUCUUGUUUUCAAAAUUCUUGGACUCCUCCAAUCACCUGAUGAAGGAGCUGAAGCUUUCGUCGACGCAGCUUUAGCUCCACCUGAAAUAUCAGGCGCUUACUAUUUUGGAGGGAAGGGAAGGACCGUUGAAUCAUCACAGGUUUCUAAAGACCCUAAGCUUGCUCAACAACUCUGGGAAACUUCUUGUGAUUUGUUCAAUGAGUUGCAGCUUUCUUCAUCACAAUAACUAAUCGAAGGCUCACUUGAAGAUUCUUAUCUAAUAAUGGCUUAGGUUAUCUUUGUUUCGUGUUAAAUAAUUGUACUACUCGUGGUUAUAUAUAUAUUCAGUCAAUCCUAAUGACUAAUGGAUAUGAGAAACUAUAUGAGACAAAUGUCGACUGGUAAAAGAAUAUGAACUUGUGUAGAUUAUAUCUUAGUUAAUUAUGUUUUGUUUGAAUCUAAAUACACG